AUGCCUGCUGGGAAAAUCACUCAACUUUUCAAUAUAGUUAUCAAAAUGCAAAGUGGGAUAGACACUGAUUCUGAAUCAGACAAAGAAGUAGUGGAUUCCACCAUCACGUCCAUAAAAGCCCUGUAUAAAUCAGAGGUCCCUAAGCUGGAGAUCCCACUGGCAGUGCAGAAUGUCAUCUCUAGAAUUGAGCACGCACAGCUUUGUCGAGCCAGAGAGGACAUUAAUAUGCAACUGGCUGACAUACUGUUCAAUGUGCAGCGAAUAAUCAAUCACUACACUGUUGAUGAGAAUGUGCACUCUGGAAGGAAAAUCUCCCUUCCAGAACAUAAGAAAUGGAGAAUAAAUUUCCUGGAUAAAAUAGUUACUUAUGUUAAGAACAGUGAAAUUAGAGAAAAGACUCUUUUGCACAUCCUGGUCUGGUUGGAAGAAUGGAAUGCCAUUUUGUCUGAGAUGACUGCAAUUGAUAUUGAGGAACACCAUCACUGGAGAGCAAAAAUGGAGUUUUUACCGGAAAUGUACAAAGCUAUUGAGAGCAAUGUCAAGAUACUGAGUAGAAUUAGUGUAUCUUUAUUUGAAGAAAAGAAGAGACAAAAGAAAAAAAUGACAUCUAGAGGUACUCUAUGGAAAUCUUGGAAAGAAAGGGUUAUAAAGCGACCUGCAACAGCUCAUGCUUUAAGACCAGAUCAGAUGAUUAGUGAUGAAUUUGCAACAAAUACAAAGGUUUCAGAAAUCCAAGAUAUGCUACAGGAACUCAUAAACACUGCAAUGUUCAAUAAAUUGGAAAACAAUGCUAUUAAAUAUAUAUCAUCAACAAUAGUAAACCUUUCUAAAGCUUUGAAUACACUAAAUGAUGAAGUAAAAGUUUUUACCCUCCAAAGCGCUAAUAUGUAUAUAAAUGAGACAAGUGAAAAAGAAAAAGAGCUCUCUCUGAAAAUAAUACGAGAUCUCAGUGAACAAAAUGAAAUACUUCAGCAGAAACUUCAAGAUGCAGAAGAAAAAUAUGAACAAUUUAUUUGGUCCAAAGGUAUUGUAGAGCAACAACUACCUACAGCAUUACCCACAUCAACCUUGAAAGCGUUGCCUGAGCUUUCUCCACAAUCAUCCAUUGCCAUUAGCAAAACUGACAUAGAAGACAGUAUGGAAAAUAUUUUGACUAAAGAAUUUGAAAACAUUAUAGACGAGGCCCAAACACAAGAGACCAAAGCCUCGGGGAUCCAGUGGGACUCAGCAUUUUCAUAUACAGCCCCAGCUGAAAUGACCCCAGAUUUAAUUGAACAGCAAUACCCUUUACCUGAAAAAAAACAAAAAGAGUCUUCUGAAGGUAUCACUGAAGAUAAGGUGUCACUGAAGAAAGAUGAUGACCAGUAUCAAUCACGGAAGAAAAAGCAAAUUAAAGGCUCAUCUAUGGAUGAGACCUCUGGAUCACAUCUGAGUGAUGAUAAAGGUAAACAGAAAGAGACCGAACUUGAUCAUGACUUGGAGCUACAGGCACUGGAAAAGAAUAGAAAAGAAAUGAAAUUGUUUUCUGAAGCCAAACCAAAGUCAUUCGCAGAAUCAAAAAGUCGCUAUGUCCCUACUGAUUACCUUUCUACUGACACAAAAAGACAAAGUGGCAAAAGUGGAACAGGUAGUAUGUGGGAAAGACUCAGGAAGGUCAAACCUGAAUAUUCACAUGACAAAAGCCAGAUUUCUUCAGAGAAUAAAGAAGAACCCACCACUGAGUCAAUGGACAAAGAGAGCAAAAGUGAGAUGAGUAGCCAAGCAGAGCAAUUCAAAUUGACUGAACUUGGUUAUUCCUCUGAGAAAAUGAAAACAAAAGGGAAGAAACGUCAGAUCUCUCCAAGAACCACCACAAGCAAAGAGGGAAAAACUGAGGAUAUCAUAGUCUUAGCCAAGAAAUUCAAGUCUCCUGAACUUGUUAAAUCACAAUCUAGGAUAGCAAAAGAGACUUCAGAAUCUACCAGAGUUCUAGAAAGCCCAGAUGGCAAAAGUGAAGAGAGUAACCUAGAAGAAUUUCAAAAAGCUAUAAUGGCUUUCCUAAAUGAGAAAAUUGAUAACAUAGGAAAGCCUUUGGAUAAAAAGGCUGUGCCAAAAGAGGAGUUAUUAUUAAAAACAGCAGAGGUCAAAAAAUUAGAAAUCAUAAAGGCAAAAAUGGAGGAAUACUUCCAAACUGUGGCUGAAACUGUGGCAAAAAUCUUGAGAGAAUACAAAGACAUAAAAAAUGCAGGACAAGUUGGAGAGAAACCUAUGAAACGAAAAAAGGAAGUCUCAUUUAUGCCAGGAUUGCAUUUUCAGAAGCCAAUUAGUGCAAAGGCUGAAAUUAGCACCUUACUCUCAUCUAAGAGCAUGGACCCAUUAAUUGACAAUUUAAUACAAAUGAUCUUGACUGAAAUAGAAGGUGAAAGAGAUGCUCCAGUAGCCUCAACAGUAGGGAGAGACCACAAGGAAAAGGAAAAACAGAGGUGGGAUGAAUAUUUGCAAGAAGGUCAAGAAAAAGUAUUUGGUGAGGGUCUCAAACACCAUUUGCAAGAGGAAGGGAGUUUCUGGAAGAAGAGCCAUGAGCUGAUAAGUAAAAAAUUGGAGAAGGAAGAGUCAUGGCUCCAAAUGAAGGAGAGAAAGCAGAGGCAACAGAAGCAGAAAUGGUGGCAGGAAGAGGAAGCAUGGAAGGAACAACAAAAACAGACUGAGCAAGAUGACGAGCAAAUGCAAAGAAAAGAGAAAGGAUAUCAGAAGCCAAAACAGCAGCAGCUGGAGGCAUGGAAUCAAGAAAUGGAAGAACAAUUGGUACCCCUGGAGGAGGAGGAGGAGGAGCAGAUGAGGCCAGUUCAGAAGGAACUGAGACACCCGAAGCUAGAAAUAAAUAGGGAGAAAGAAGAGAAGCAGAAGCCAAGGAGAAACAUAGAAGACCAUGGAAGGCAGAAGCAGAAAAAGACAAAGGAUCAGAGGAAGAUCAAUGAGAAAAGUUCUGACACACUAGAAAAGAUGUUCAGCCAAACUUCAGUGACGGUGUCUCCCAAAUGGAAGAGCAUACCGAAAGUAGCAUCCCAGUUACACCAAAGAAAAGUGUUCCAUGGACAUCUGAAGACAUUAGAAAAUUUUGCUGAUGGAAAGCACCCUAUACCAAUCACUCCUUCUCCAUCGACACAAUCGCCAUCACCUGGGGCCUUUCCAAUUUCUGGACAGUCUCCCACAAAGACCCUCACUCUAACUCCUCAACAGGCCUGGAGGCCUGGAGAACUGGAGAUCACUAUCACCCCUCAAAAGACCAAAGAACCAGGCAUCACUGUGGCCCCAGAACAGGCCCAGGCACUGGGGAUCAGUCUUACCCCUGAGCAGGCCCAGGAAAUGAGCAUCACUGACACUCUUCAAAAGGCAUUGGGGAUCACUGUCACUCCUCAACAGGCUCAGGCACUUGGGAUCCCUCUCACUCCUGAGCAGGCCCAGGCACUCAGGACCACUGUCACUCCUCAGCAAGCCAAGGCACAAGGGAUCACUCUCACCCCUCAGCAGGAACAGGCACUGGGGAUCACUUUCAUACCUGAGCAGACCCAUGAACUGGGGUUCACCUUCACUGAUAAGCAGGCACAGGCACAUGGGAUCACUCUCACCCCCAAGCAGGCCCAGGAAUUGGGGAUCACCCUCACUUAUGAGCAGGCCCAGGCACUGGGGACCACUGUUAUUCCUCAGCAAUCUCAGUCACAGGGGAUCACGCUCACCCCCGAGCAGGCCCAUGAACUGGGGUUCACCUUCACCGAGGAGCAGACCCUGGCACAGGGGAUCACUCUCACCCCUGAAAAGGCCCAGGCACUGGGGAUCACUCUGACCCCUCAGCAGGCACAGGCAGGGGGGAUCACUCUCACCCCUCAGCAGGCCCAGGCACAGGGGGUCACUCUCACCCCUGAGCAGGCCCAGGCACAGGGGGUCACUAUGACCCUGGAGCACACCCAGGCACAGGGGAUCCCUCUCAUCCCUGAGCAGGCCCAGGCCCAGGCCCAGGCAAUCACUCUGACCCCUCAGCAGGCCCAAGCACUGGGGAUCACUCUGACCCCUCAGCAGGCCCAGGCACAGAGGAUCACUCUGACCCCUCAGCAGGCACAGGCACGGGGGAUCACUCUCACCCCUGAGCAGGCCCAGGCAAUCACUCUGACCCCUCAGCAGGCCCAGGUACUGGGGCUCACUCUGACCCCUCAGCAGGCACAGGCAGGGGGGAUCACUCUGACCCCUCAGCAGGCCCAGGCACAGGGGAUCUCUCUCACCACUGAGCAGGCCCAGGCACUGGGGAUCACUCUGACCCCUCAGCAGGCACAGGCACGGGGGAUCACUCUCACCCCUGAGCAGGCCCAGGCAAUCACUCUGACCCCUCAGCAGGCCCAGGCACUGGGGAUCUCUCUCACCCCUGAGCAGGCCCAGGCACAAGGGAUCACUCUGACCCCUCAGCAGACCCAGGCACAGGGGAUCACUGUGACCCCUGAGCAGGCAGAGGCACUGGGGAUCACUCUCACCCCUGAGCAGGCACAGGCACUGGGGAUCACUCUCACCCCUGAGCAGUUCAAGGCAUUGCUGGUCACCCUCAGCCCUGAGAAAUGCCAGGGCUUGGGUUUCAUACACACCCUUGAGAAAGUUCAUGCAUGGGAGUCUCCUCUCACUGCAUCACAGGCCCAGAAAUUGGGUGUCCCUAUCACUCCAGAAAAUGCCUGGGUCCCAGCUGUCACUCUUAGCCCUGAACAGACCCAGGCUUUGGGUGCCCCUCUCUCCUUAGAACAGGCUCAAGCAUUAGGUAUUUCUCUCUCUCCAGAACACUUCUGGGAAUCAGAUAAAUCAGACAAAUCCCAUGUCUUAGGAUUUCCCCUUACCCUUGAGCAAGUCCAGCCUUUGGGAGCUCCCUUCAUUCCAGGGCAAUCCCAUCCCAUUGGGGUAGAUGACCUAAAAUCAAGAGCACCUCUCAUUAAUGAACAGCUCUCACCACUUGGUGUCCAUCCUCUUUUAGAACAUACCCUGAAAGUUGGGAUUGUGCCUGUUACUGAUAAAUCUGUCACACCAAGUGCUCCUCACAUUUCUAAGAAGUUACCCACAUUGGAUCCUUCCAGUCUUAGAUCACUUCAAAAAUUGAAGGCUUCUGUCCUUCCUAGGCAAUCCCCAGCAUCUGCUGCUAUUGCUGAGAAAUCCUCUGCAUUGGAGGUCUCUCCUAUUCCUUUGCAGAUAUCACAGUCUCCUCUCUCCCAAGCCCCUGGUAAAUCACUAGGAGUGAGAAUUCGUUCUGAGCCUGGAAAACUCCUUGCACCACAGACUUUUCCUUCCUCUAAACAGACCCUGUUUUCUAAAGGUCAAUCCACCUCUGUUGAGUUUGUAGCACCAGAGGUCCCACUGACUCCUGAGAAAUUUCCCAUAGCUGAGACCCUGCCAACUUCAGGGCAGCCUCUUACACUGGAGACCCUUCUCGGCCUUCAGCAGUUCUUUUCCUCUUGGGGCUCUAGGACUCCUCAGCUACCUCUGAUAUCAGAAGCCCCUCUGGUCUCCAGGCAGCCCCCUAUAUCUGGAGUCCCACUCACCUCUGCACAGAUUCCUGAUCUCUUGGCUCCUCUUUCUCCUAGGAAGCCCUUGGUUCCUGGAACGUCUUCCAUCCAUGGGGAGCUCCUGGAACCUAGACCCUUAAUACUCUCUGAGCAGCCCCAGGCAUUCCAGCCCGCUGCUACCUGUGAUCAAUCUCGCUAUCUACAAGCCCCUUCUCCCCUUGGGCAGCGUCAAGCUUCCCCACUGUGGAUCCCUCCCACCCCUGGGCAUCUUCCAACAUUAUGGACCUCUCCAACUCCUGGAAAGCCCCUGAAAGAUUUGUCCUCUUCUGUCUCCAAGAAAAGUAAGGAAAGAUUGGCAAUUAUUUCUUCUCUGAAACCUAAUUCAGCAUUUGUUCAUCCCAGUGCUACUGAUUUCAAGGUAACUCAAGCCCCUUUCACCACUAAGAAGUUCCAAAUAUCAGAGGUGUCUGACACUUUGGAAGAAAUCCCGAUAUGCCAUGAUCCUAUUGCCAUGGAACAAUUUAGAACAUUUCAGUCCUAUCUCACCAAUUACAGGACACCAGUAUCACAAACCCCUUACAUUCCGACUCUCAUGAAGCCUAUAACAUCACUACCCUCUCUUACAACUAAACUACCCAAAACAUCACAGAUCUCAUCUUCUGAAUGGGACCAGAAAUCCAAGUUCUCCCCUAUAGACAAGUCCUGGAUACUGACUUCAGUUUCAGGUACCAAGAAACCCAAGAUGCUGGUGCCCCCUUCCACUCCCCAAGAGCUCAAAGAGCAGAGAUAUUUUGUUGAUGUAGAGGCUCAGAGAAAGAACCUGAUACUCUUAAAUCAGGCCACAAAAGCUUCUGGACUUCCUUCACAACUACACACAACAGCUAGGAAUGUCAUAAUUGAGACACUUCAUACGGACACAGUUCAGCUGGGAUACUUAUUCCACAAGUACAUUGCUUACAGGCUGAUCCAGCGUGCAAGAAACAACCUAAUCAGGCGAUUACAAGUGAUCAAAAACACCGGGAAAGGUUAUGAAACCCGGAACCUCUACAUAAUGCUGAGCAGAAUUGAUGAGUACCAGAAAAAGGUGAUGCAGGUCUGGACCAACAAGCAGAAGUCUUUAGAGCAGAAACGGAAUCAGUGCCUGAGGAAAAUGAUAUUCCUAUUUAGCCAGCUUCAACAGACAUAUAGAUUGAAUCUUAGUCAACCUAUCCCUUGCAUCAUCGACAAAAAGCAGAUACCUGCCUCUACCAAAUCUGUUCAACAAUCAUUCCUAGAGCUGCUAAUAGAAGAAGACAGAAAGUCUGACACAUUGAAGAAAUUUCGACAAGAAGACCAAAUGGAAGCCAUCUGGAAUGCUGAUCUGUCAACUUCAAGCUACCCAGUAACAGAGAAGACAUCAAUACAUUCACUCUGGGCCCAGCUGGGUGGGUACCCAGAUAUUCCUAUGCUACUCCAGUUAGACGUUCAAUCUACCUUCAGAAAAUCUCUUGGAUCCAUUAAAUCACAGUUUAAGAAGAUUCCCAAGUGACUGUAAAAUUAAAUACAAGCAUGUUGAAAGUAAAUUUCAAAGUUACAGUAGAA